AAGAAACAAAUCACUUGACAUACCAUCAUGACAUUGACAGUCACAAUGACACUACUGGCCUACAUUAUAUAAAGAAAAGGAUGCUAACAACAGCACAUAUAUACACAAUCAAUGCACAUUUGUAUAGAUUUAGAUUUGAUUGAAGAAAAUGCUUAAUGCUUCACAUAUAGUGUCAGUUAAAUGGCUUAAAGACAUCCUUUCAAGCUCAUCCAAGUUUAGAAUUUUAGAUGGUUCAUGGCACCUGCCCAAUACAGGUAGAAUAGCUGCAAAUGAAUACAAAGAAAAACAUAUCCCAGGAGCUUUAUUCUUUGACAUUGAUGAAUGUGCUGACAAAUCAACCAACUUACCACAUAUGAUACCAUCCCCUCAAGAAUUUGGUGACUAUGUUGGAUCUCUGGGAAUUAACAAUGAUACUCAAGUCAUAGUGUAUGAUAAUAACCCCCAAUUUCCCAUAUUUUCUGCACAACGAGUUUGGUGGACUUUUAGAUUGUUUGGGCAUAAAAAAGUAUGCAUCUUAGAGGGCGGUUUGCCUAAAUGGUUGUCUGAUGGAGGGCAGACAACUAAUGAAACUGUUUCUGUGUCAAAAGAGAAGUUUGUUGUACACUUUAAUAAACAUCUGGUUAAAUCUAUUGAAGACAUCAAAAGAAAUAUUGAGAAGCCUGAAUUUACUUUAGUGGAUGCAAGACCAGAUGGGCGUUUUAAAGGAGAAGCUCCAGAACCUCGUCCAGAUACCAAACCUGGGUGCAUAGUAAACUCCAUCAAUAUUCCAUUCAUGAAUACAAUGAAUUUAAAUGAAAGAAAAAUGAAAACACCUGAAGAACUAAAAAAACUGUUUCAAGAUUCUGGAAUUGACCUAAAUAAACCUUUGGUUGCUUCCUGUGGAUCAGGAAUCUCUGCAUGUAUUCUGGCACUAUCUGCAGCCAUGCUGGGUAAAGAAGAUGUGGCUGUCUAUGAUGGCUCAUGGACUGAGUGGUACCACCAUGCACCUGCUCAACUCAAACUAAAUGUUCCUAAGUAAACUACAAGUUUGUCAUUUUAAAAUGUCUAGGUCAAGUAUUAUUCAAUGCCUACAUGAUUAAGAUAUAUUUAUUAAUUUUUUUAAAAAAGUCAUUAGGCUCUGACCUUGAACUUGCAAUUUGUUUUCAUGCUUUAAAUUGUUAUCUAUAUGAACAAUUGACAUGGUAAUCUUUAUCAGUUUAGUUACCUUUUCCUCACUAUGUGCAUGCUGGGAUGGUAUUGAAUAAUCUUUAUAAUACAACCUCAUAUUCAAAAUAAAUUAAGGUCAUGUAAAUCAACAAUUAAACUAAACAAAUGAUUCAUUUCUUGUU